AUGGCAGCCCUUCCUGUUUUCCUCUUUCUUUCUCUCUUUCUACGUCAAUCCCUCUGCCAACAGUCGUAUGUGGGAAACGAGACCAAUUGCUCUAACAAUACCACUUCAACACCAAAAGGGUACGUUUGCAUUGAUUCAAUAUACUCAUGUUCUUCCUCUUAUUUGACCUUCAGAUCCAAGCCGCCCUACGAUACACAAUCCACGAUAAGCGAUCUCUUCGCAGGUUAUGUCUACAAAACAACAUUAAACAACGGUAGUUUGUUUGCUACUAGUAUUUCAUGCUCAUGUGUGCGACGUUCCUAUCGGACCAUCUCCUACUACACAAUUAAGCGCGGUGAUAGUUAUGAGAAAAUAGCAUACGAUAUCUACCAAGGUUUAGUGAGCUGCUCUGCACUGAAAAGCCAAAAUCAGCAGGACUAUGCUGUUGAUAAUACUUCUUCAAUUGACAUGAUACUCCAAGUUCCGUUGCGAUGUGCUUGCCCUACCAAAGCUCAAGAAGCUAACGGGGUCAAGGCCUUGUAUGUGUAUAUGCUACAACCAGAUGAGAGCAUUGGAUCUGUUGCAAGGGAUUUUGGGGUUGAGGAACACAGCGUCUUGGAAGCAAACAAGCUUUCGAAUACAAGUCGAAUCUACCCAUUUACGCCUAUUUUAGUUCCAUUGAACCAAACUGAUAUUUGCAGAAUACACCCUGACUCAUACAACCCCUACUGUAGAAACAGUCCUUCUAGUGAUUUGGCCCAGCAGCUUUCGUCUAUUUUCAUAUACUACGUCUCUAUUCCAAUAGGUCUAUCUCUCUCUGGUGUUUAA